GCCCACUCGCCACACCUCCCCCGGCCUGUCCAGCUUCUCUUCUUCCUCUCGACCCCUUCUUCUCCCCUUCUCAUCCCCUUUCACUUCUUCAGCUUCCUCUUCCUAUCAAGUUGCCUUUCACUUCUUCGGUUUGCUCUUCUUCGCCAAGUUAUCAUCCAUCGAGUUAGGCAGUUUAGAUCUUGGAGAAAAGGAGUAGCUAGCUAGGUUCCUUUUCCUUCUCCCGAGCCGGGAGAGAGAAAACAGAGCGGAGAAGAGACACACAGGAACCGGAGGUUGACCGGGCUAAAGUAGGUUGGAGCUCCUGGCUGGGCCUUUUCUCUUGGCGACGACAUGGCGAAGCUCCACUUCUUCCUCCUCUUGCUGCUGGCCGCCGCCGAAGCUAUUCACGGCGAAGAUGGGGCGUACAUAGGCGUCAACAUCGGCACGGCCAUGUCAUCGGUGCCGGCUGCCACGCAGAUCACCACGCUGCUCCGCUCGCAGAACAUCCGGCACAUCCGCCUCUACGACGCCGACCCGGGGAUGCUGUCGGCGCUCGCCAACACCGGCAUCCGCGUCAUCAUCUCCGUCCCCAACGAGCAGCUCCUCGCCAUCGGCAACUCCAACGCCACGGCGGCCAAGUGGGUGGCGCGCAACGUGGCGGCCCACUACCCGUCCGUGAACAUCACGGCCAUCGCGGUCGGCUCCGAGGUGCUCUCCACGCUCCCCAACGCCGCGCCGCUCAUCAUGCCUGCCAUGCGCUACCUCCAGAACGCGCUCGUGGCCGCGGCGCUCGACAAGUACAUCAAGAUCUCCACGCCGCACUCGUCCUCCAUCAUCCUCGACUCCUUCCCGCCGUCGCAGGCCUUCUUCAACCGCUCGCUGGACCCGGUGCUCGUGCCGAUGCUCAAGUUCCUGCAGUCCACCGGCGCCCCGCUCAUGCUCAACGUCUACCCGUACUACGACUACAUGCGCUCCAACGGCGUCAUCCCGCUGGACUACGCGCUGUUCCGGCCGCUGCCGCCCAACAAGGAGGCCGUGGACGCUAACACGCUGCUGCACUACACCAACGUCUUCGACGCCGUCGUGGACGCCGCCUACUUCGCCAUGGCGUACCUCAACGUCACCAACGUGCCGGUCAUGGUGACGGAGACCGGGUGGCCGCACAAGGGCGACGCGUCCGCCGAGCCGGACGCCAACAACGACAACGCCGACACGUACAACAGCAACCUCAUCCGGCACGUCAUGAACGUCACCGGCACGCCAAAGCACCCCGGGGUGGCCGUGCCGACGUUCAUCUACGAGCUGUACGACGAGGACACUCGCCCCGGCACCGCGUCCGAGAAGUACUGGGGCCUGUUCGACAUGAACGGCAUCCCGGCGUACGCGCUGCACCUGACUGGCUCCGGCGUGCUGCUGGCCAACGAUACGACGAACCAGACCUACUGCGUGGCGCGGGAGGGCGCGGACGAGAAGAUGUUGCAGGCCGCGCUCGACUGGGCGUGCGGCCCGGGGAAGGUGGACUGCUCCGUGCUGACGCAGGGGAAGCCGUGCUAUGACCCGGACACCGUGGAGGAUCACGCCACGUACGCGUUCAAUGCCUACUACCAUGGGAUGGGGAUGGGCUCCGGGACGUGCUACUUCUCCGGCGUCGCCGUGAUCACCACGACCGAUCCGAGCCAUGGAUCUUGUGUCUAUGGUGGGAAGAACGGCAGCGCGUUGCUGAACGGAACCUCGCUGGCGCCGUCGUCGAACUCCACCGCGGACUCCGGAUCCCGGCGGGCAGUCGGCGAUGUCACGUCGUUCGUCCGGAUCGUCGUCACCGCGCUGCUCUUGAGCGUCGUCGCUCUGUUGUAGGAUGUGAGUAGUAGGAAGUCAGGCAGGCAGCAGAGUAGGGAAGACGUGCUAUUAGUGACGUGAGAGAUUCUUUUUUGUUGUCAAGUGGAAUUGGCCUCGGUGCUGCUGGGUGGCAAGUGUCAUUCCAAAUGGAACGGGAUGUGGUUUAUGUUGGCUCUUAAGAUAUGAGCUCGUACUCUGGUAUUGGUUGGGAAUUUGGGAUUGUAUUGGACGUUGGAUCAUUGGAUGCCA